UUCAUUCUUAUCGUCAUCAUGGCUGGACGCAAAGCUGAUAUCGACAGGAUUGCUGUCUCCCCAAGUGCCCCUAAUAAGGUGCCACAGCUCCUGAGGCAAAUUGCCUUGGAUGGGCAGGACUUUGUUAAGGAUGGAUCGAAUAGACAGGAACUGUUAGACGCUGUUCAAUCACUCUUCUAUGCGCUUGAAACGCCGCGAGAAGUCAUCACCCGUCAUACGUUUGCUACCUCUACCACAUACGCCGCAAUUGAAACCUGCAUCAAGCUGGGAGUCUUUGUUCAUUUAUCACAAGAUGACAAACCCAAGUCAGUCGAAGAACUGGCAAAAGCGACAAACUGUGAUGCUUUGCUCUUGACGAGACUACUGCAGCAUCUCGUUGCAAAUGGCGCCGUCAAUCAAGUCGGCCCUACGCUGUAUUGCCGUACUGCCUUGACAAUAGCAUUGACAGAGGAUAAAUACAGCGAUACUUAUCCUAUGAUGACACGAUCCCUCACAGCAGGCAUCCGGGCCCUCCCCGCCCAUCUCCACGACAACAACUACAUCAAUCCAACCUCAUACACAGACUCAGCGCAUGAACGCGGCUACAACACUAGUCUCACCUUUUGGGAAGCCUUGAAACGAGACCCCCUCAUCGCCAAGCAAUUCAGCAACCACAUGGCCAUGUACGGCGUCGGCAGACCCAGCUGGAUGGAUGUAGGCUUCUACCCUGUUCAGCGGUUACUAGACGGUGUUAAGCAUGACGAUACCCUUCUUGUCGACGUGGGCGGUAGCAUCGGCCAUGAUAUCCUCGAGUUCCAGCGCAAGUGGCCGAAUGCGCCUGGUCGUCUUGUUCUGCAGGAUUUGGAUGCCGUGUUGUCCAAGAUUGACUCUAUUCAUCCGAGGAUUGAAGUUAUGCCUCAUGACUUUUUCACCCCCCAACCUGUUAAAGGCGCACGCGCAUACUACCUGCACUCGGUCCUGCACGACUGGCCCGACGCACAAUGCCACCAAAUCCUAGCGAACAUCAUCCCUGCCAUGAAACGCGGGUACAGCAAGAUCCUAAUAAACGAACACGUCAUCCCCGACGUAGGCGCGCACUGGGAAGCGACGAGUUUAGAUCUGAUUAUGAUGUCGAUAGGCUCGACAGAGCGGACGGAGAAGGAUUGGCGGCGGUUGCUGGAGGGGGCGGGAUUGAGGAUCGUGAGGAUUUGGAGUGUGCAGAGGGGAGUGGAGAGUUUGAUUGAGUGUGAAGUUGGGGAGAGGAGUCGAUUGUAACUUGUGUUAUUUAUAUCUAUUGUAUUUGGUAUAUUUGUUGUUAUUAUUAAUUAGAUGCACCGCCUCAACACUGCCAUCACUAUAUAAAUAUCUUUUCCUCUUUCUGUCCAUCUCACCGGACAACAACAGCAACAACAACAACAUUAGCACCAUGGCCCUCCAUCUCAGAAUGAAAGAUGACGACCCCUGGAUCAUCGAAUCCAAAAUCUUCACCCUCCUCUCCGACUACCUCCAACCAAACAGCAGCAUAACCC